AUGGCCCUGGAAACAUCUUCACGGCCUCAUGGGAAUCUUCAGCCCCCUACCCAACCCUUCCCCAGCAUCUUUACCCCUCCUCUCCUACCCAGCCCAGGGAUCACUUUACGUCUUCAGACCCACAGACGCCCACAGACACCACCCUCCGCCCCCCGUCAGCCACUAGACUCCCCACUCCGCCUUCAGGAUCCCCCCAAAAAUGAGCCCCAGACACUCAUGCCCCCCCCCAAGAUGGCAUCCCAACAGCCUCUCCCCCCUCAGACACCAUCAGACGCCCCUCCCCGCCCCUCCAUGUCAACGCCUGCUGCUCCUGACACCUCCGGCAGCUGCUCCAUCAUUACCCUCCCUCACUCCAUCACCCCCAAGCCCCCAAGCCCCCAGGUCCCUUCCGCCAAUGACACCGCGUCGGCCCCUUAG